GGGUUUACUUUUACCAUGCCAACAAGUUUGAUCAAUAUUUAAAGCGAAAUAUCCACAGCUCAGUUAAUGUCAAGAAAGAAAUACAUUUAGCUGGUUAACAUCGUGUUCAUCCAUCCGGAAGAUUCGGUACUCACUACAAGUAGUUCACGUUCGCGUGUCAGUUAAAACCUUUUAUUUUCUUGCACUGCCAAUGCAAUAUCCCUCCGUACAGAAAGAGGGAGACAUUGUAAAAAGGAUCUUCGGAUUUUUAAAAAGUUUUGUCUAGGUUGAAAGGUGAAAUCAUUUUCUGACAGCGCCGCAUCAUGUGUGUUGUGUUAUCGCUGUGGUACCUUUUGUAGUUCAGUAUUAUUGGAGCUUUUAGAGGUUAGGUGCGAUGCGGAACCUGAGGUUGCUGAAGAACCUUCGUUGCUCCGAGCUGCAGGGCCCGGGCACGCCGCAGUGUAUCUCUGUUCGGACGGACACGGGGACCGUGCUCAUCGCAUCAGAAUUUUCCGUCACCGAGUUGGACCCACGAGCUGGCCAGGUGGUGAAUGAGGUGUCCUUGACAGCUGAUGGCUACCUUCCGGAAGAUGGAAGUGGGACAGUUGUCGGUAUCCAGGAUUUACCAGACCAGGAGUCUGUGUGUGUGGCGACAGCCACUGGUGAUGUAAUUCUGUACAACCUCAAUACUAACCAGCUGGAGUGUGUGGGAAGUGUGGACACUGGCCUGACAGCUAUGAGCUGGAGCCCAGACCAGGAACUUGUCAGUCUUACCACUGGUCAAGACACCAUUAUCAUGAUGACCAAGGACUUUGAACCAAUCACAGAGGUUGGAAUACACCAGGAUGACUUUGGAGAAGGGAAAUUCAUUACAGUGGGCUGGGGAAAGAAGGAAACCCAGUUUCAUGGUUCAGAGGGCAAGCACGCCGCCCAGAGGAAGACGAUAGAGGUGCAGUCAGCCUUGCCGUGGGAUGACCGCCGGCCAAGGGUGACAUGGAGAGGAGAUGGCCAGCUCUUCGCCGUGAGUGCCAUUUGUCUGCAGACUGGCGCCAGAAAGGUCAGAGUAUGGAACAGGGAGUGUUUCUUGCAGUCUACAAGUGAAACUACCAACGGUCUGGAGCAGUCACUGUGUUGGAAGCCGUCAGGUAGCUUGCUAGCAGCUACGCAGCGUCUUCCCAACAAGCACAGCGUGGUGUUCAUGGAGAAAAACGGCCUGCUGCACGGUGACUUCACCCUGCCCUUUGACAAAGAACAGGUUAAGGUCAAGGAGCUGCUGUGGAACAGUGAUUCAACAGUGUUGGCUGUGUGGCUGGAGGACAUGAUGCCUGGAGACGGGGGCGGGGCCAACACCUACAUUCAGCUGUGGACAGUGGGCAACUAUCACUGGUACCUGAAGCAGAGCCUGUGCUUCGGUGGCGACCCCCAGCAGGCCCCGGCCUGUGUGAGCUGGGACCCCGAGAGACCCUUAAGGUUGCACCUGGUUACCCGAGGCUGGAACAGCCUGACCUACGACUGGGGUUGGAGCACGGACCGGAGCCACGGGGAGGACGGCCAGGACAACGCCAGCGUGGCCGUGAUUGACGGCGACAAGGUGCUGGUGUCAACGUUUCGGCAGUGUGUGGUUCCCCCGCCCAUGUCAACCUUCGACCUCCAACUAACUGCUCCUGUUAACCUGGUGACCUUCCUCCGGCAGCCCCAGAGGACCAAUGAGCUGGCAGCGCUCACGGCCGAUGGGCACAUCUCUGUCUAUGGACAAGGUACCGGAGAUCAGGUCCAGUUGGAACCCAGAGCGGGAGGAUUCCGCUCCGUCUCUCAACCCCUUCAGCUAAAGACCACUUACAGGGUUGCGGUGGAGCAGAAGGCGCCCCUGGCUCUGCGUCUGCUGCUGUGGCUGAGGGAGGACGUGUUCCUGGGGGUGGGGGUCUCCAUGGAGGGCCCAUCCCAGUCCAGGCUGCUCAUCCUGGGACCCUCGGAGGCCGGGAGCCCCCAGCCCACCCUGGAGAUCAGGUCGCUGGUGGAGGUGGAAGGCCACGUGAUCAGCAUGUGUCACGGCGCCAAGACGGGCACGGUGGCGCUGCAGCUGGAGAACGGCCAGAUCAGGAGGUUCCUCUGGGACUCCCUGAAGCCCAGUGUGGUUGAGUGGCAGGACUCAACUGGCUGCAGAAUCAACUUCCCAGAUCUCUGUGUGCAGACAGCCCUCUGCACCAUAGAAGAGGAGCGUCUGCUUGGACUUACAGAGCGAUCUCACCUGUUUGUUGGGGACUCUGAGGUGGCCUCCAACGUUUCCUCCUUCGUGGUCUACGACGACUUCCUCCUCCUCACCACACACUCGCACACCUGCCGCUGCCUGCGCCUCAGCACGCUGACGGUCAAAGGUCUGCAGGAGGCCCUUGCUUCAGACGGAGGUCAGAACGACCAGAACGACGAGACCCUGCGCAGGGUGGAGAGGGGCUCCAGAAUCGUCACCGUGGUUCCGCUGGACACCAGGCUCGUUCUACAGAUGCCUCGCGGUAACCUGGAGACGAUUCACCAUCGUGCGCUGGUAUUGGCCCAGGUCAGGAAGUGGCUGGACGGUCUGAAUUUCCGAGAGGCCUUUGAGUGCAUGAGGAAGCUGCGGAUCAACCUCAACCUGAUGUACGACCACAACCCCAAGGUGUUUCUGGAGAAUGUGGAGAUCUUCCUGAGACAGCUGGACUCUAUCAGUCACAUCAACCUGUUCCUCACAGAGCUCCGGGAGGAAGACACCACAACGACAAUGUACCCAUGUCUACCGAACUCUACUGUCCCUGUCCAGCCUGCCCCUGGGCCUUCUGGGAAAAAGGUGGACAUUGUGUGCGACGCGUUGCGCUCCACCAUGGAAUCUAUGGACCAGCACAAAUACUGCCUGUCUAUUUUGACGACACACGUGAAGAAGACUGUUCCAGAACUAGAGGUCGCCCUGCAGAAAGUCCAUGAGCUAAGAGUAAACCCACCGAGCGCUGCCACCGCUGUGAGUGCAGAGGAGGCCCUGAAAUACCUGCUGUUCCUGGUCAAUGUCAAUGAACUGUAUGAACACUCUCUGGGCACCUAUGACUUUGACCUGGUCCUCAUGGUGGCAGAGAAGUCCCAAAAGGACCCCAAAGAGUACCUCCCCUUUCUGAACAUGCUGAAGACCCUGGAGCCAAACUACCAGCGCUACACCAUCGACAAACACCUCAAAAGAUACCGGAAGGCGCUGCAUCACCUCAGCAAGUGUGGCGAGGAGCACUUCACGGAAGCCCUGAAUCUGGUGAAGGACCAGAGGCUGUAUGGCGAAGCCCUGGGGCUCUACCCGGCGAACAGCUCCCAAUACAGGGCGCUGAGCUGUGCCUACGCUGAGUACCUAGUGGCUCAACACCAGCCUGAGCAGGCCGGGUUGCUGCUGUGGCGAUGCGGCGAGGCGGCCCGCGCCCUCCAGGCCUUUGUGGGCGGCGCCAGCUGGAGAAACGCCCUCUGCGUGGCCGAGCAGAUCCCACUGCCGCCCGACCAGCUGGCGCUUCUGGCCAGGGACUUGGCAGAGAAACUGAUAGAGCUCAGGAGGUAUACAGAGGCGGCCGUGUUGCUGGAGCAGUAUGCCAAAGACUGUGAGGAGGCCAUCUCGGCUCUGAUCACAGGUGCAGUCUGGGAAGAGGCGCUUCGACUUGUGUAUUUGUACAACAGACAAGACAUUAUUGAAACAAACCUCAAACCAGCUCUCUUGGAAGCGUUCAGUUCUCAGACCUCCUUCUUGGAAGCUCAGAAGGCGAUGUUCAUUCGCCACAAAACCCGUCUGGCUGUGGUACGGGAGCUCAAAGAAAAAGCCAGGCUGGAGUUACUCGACGAGGAUGUCCCAGACUGCCCAGAGGCAGAGCUCUACUCUGAGGCCAGUAGUGUGAUGACAGGUAGCCACGCCGGCUCCAAGUACUCCCACAGUAACUCUCGAAUCUCCUCGAGGUCGUCGAAGAACCGGCGGAAGGCAGAGCGUAAGAAGCUGAGCCUGAAGGAAGGAAGCCCCCUGGAGGACGUGGCUCUGCUACACGCACUGACAGAGGUCAUACACUGUGUUGACAAGAUGAGAGAGGAGGUGCACAGCCUGCUGAAGGCCCUGGUGCUGUUUCAGUUUGACGGACAGGCAGGGAGGCUGCAGCAGGCCUAUGGGGAGGCUCUCCUAUUGAUUGAGGCGGGCAUUCCUGAGGUGUGGCAGGAAGGACUUCAACCGACCCAGGCCCCGGUCACUGGUCCAAACUCCACCGCCAACAGCAUCAUGGCCUCAUUUCAGCAGCCAAGACACUCGGUUACACAAGAGUCAGAGAUGCCCCCGGCCCCAAAGAUGAGAAAUGGUGUUAAGUGGAAGCUGAGUAUUCUGAAGUAGCCUUUUCUUUUUUCUACAUUGUAAAGCAAUCAUCUUCAAAUUUAGCCAAUUAAUAAAGCUGUGUCCUGGGUCUUUUAUGACUGCAGGAUAAUGAACAGA